CUCCAGGGGACCCCCAUGAAGCCAACGGCUUUCCUGAGCCUGCUGGCUUUGGCGCUGCUGGGGACAGGGACUGCCUCUCUCCUGAAGGGGAGGAAGCGGAGAGAGCCGGCCGGGGAAGGCGAUGCUUACGGGCUCCUGGGCAAUUAUGUCCUGGGCCUGGACAACUACGAUGAGGUCAUUGACCUGAGCGACUAUGAGGGGCUCACGGACUAUGGGGACCAGCUCCCCGAGGUCAAAGUGACCAGCCCGGCUCCUCCAACCAGGGUCAGUUCUGCUCAGAGCACAGUGACUCCAAGGACACUCUCCUCCAAGCCCCCAAUGAACAGGCUUACGACACUGGGCCUCCUGGACUCCCCAGGCAGCCAUGGCCUGCCCACCUGUCUGGUCUGCGUAUGCCUUGGUUCCUCUGUGUACUGUGACGAUGCCGACCUAGAGAGCAUCCCUCCUCUUCCCAAGACAACCGCUUACCUGUACGCCCGCUUCAACCGCAUCCGCCAGAUCCAAGCCGGAGACUUCAAAGGGCUGACAAAACUGAAGCGGAUCAACCUUUCCAGCAAUUCUAUCUCCUCCAUUGAUGACGACGCCCUCUCGCUGCUGCCUGAGCUGCAGGAUCUGAUCCUUCCAGAAAACCAGCUGGGGGCUCUGCCUGCGCUGCCUGCCAGCCUCGAGGUCCUGGACGUCCGCCAGAACCGGCUCCGGAGCUCGGGGAUACAGCCUGGAGCCUUCAGGGCGCUAGAGAAGCUGCAGUUCCUCUACCUGGCUGACAACCUUCUGGGCUCCAUCCCCGGGCCUCUGCCUCUGAGCCUGCGCUCGCUGCACUUGCAGAAUAACAUGAUAGAGACCAUGCAGAGCGACGCCUUCUGUGACACCGAGGAGCACAAACACAGCCGGAGGCAGCUGGAGGACAUCCGCCUGGACGGCAAUCCCAUCAACCUGGGCCUCUUCCCCAGCGCCUACUUCUGCCUGCCUCGGCUCCCCAUCGGCCACUGCUGCUAG